CCCCUGUCCGAUUGCCUCUCUGGGUUCCAAAAUCAAACUCUUAACUCUCUUUCUCAGCAUCACAAAGAGCCAGCGAGAGUGAGAGAGCGGAAAGAGGCCAGUGUGAGAAUCAACUCGAAAAUGGACGAUUACACGAGGGAGAUGAUGGACCUCAAGACUCUUGUCACGCGAACUCUAGAGAAGAAAGGCGUGCUCGCUAAGAUCCGGGCUGAACUGAGGGCAAGUGUGUUUGAGGCAAUUGAAGAGGAAGACCGUGUAGUUGAAAAGGAAGAGGCUUUACCUCCUGCCUUGUUGGGUAGCUGCAAUGAUCGUGCAAAGCAACUGCAUGCUUCUCCCUCAGGGAGAUUGCUUACUGCAUUAAUAUGUGAAUACAUGGACUGGGGUCAGCUAAAUCACACAUUAAAAGUCUAUCAGCCUGAGUGUAAUUUGCCAAAAGAUUUUUGGAAAGCUGAGUUGAAGGAAUUCAGCAGCAAUAAUGGAUAUGAUCUUAACAGAAAUGGAGACAGUGGCCCACUUCUUUUGGAUGUUUUGGAAGGGUUUUUGAAAUUUGAGAAUUUAACUCAGACAUGGGGUACGGGAAGGUCUGAGUCUGUUUCUAAUUUAGAAUCCCGGAAUAUUCGAAGGCCAUCAUCAUCAUCUGUUGCUGGAGGAUUACCUUCUUUAGGAAGGCCGACUUCCUCUUCCCAGGCAUCUGAUAGGAGAGCAGGAUCCUCCGUGUCUGGUUACAGGAAAGAUGAAUACAAUUGGAAAUAUGAUAGCGAUGAGCUCCCGGAGGAUGUGGUUCGAGCUUCAGCUGCCCUGGAAAACCUUCAGCUGGACAGGAAAGCUCGGAGUCUAACUUCGUCAUGGCGGCGUGCCAGAGAUGGAGCUAGCUGAAUGACUGCCUCUGUGUAUUGACGGAAUGUAGCUUAUAGAGUCUUGCAGAUAUUGUUAACCAAGGGAAAUUGGUAUCUGAUGAAAUUAUAAUAAAUUUACUGUCUAGGCGUCUUGAAGCUGGUGAAGCAAAGGGUGAAUCGGGAUUUAUCCUUGAUGGUUUCCCU